AUGCUCUGUGAGCAAGCAAUAACUACACGACAACUUUUGAUCGUCAGGCAAUGUCUUUAUUUCUUAGAUAAAAAGCCGACAAUCAAAACAGAAAUAAAAUGUGAAGAUGUAGAAUCAGAAGAUGCGCCAGUGACCGAAAGCAAGCAAGAAAACAGUGUUCUGACUACACAAAUAAAGUCCGACGUAGAAGACUGUAAACCAGAAGUAGUACCAGAAACGUUGCCAGCAGCAUCAGCUCAAACUACUCAAAUUCCACUUGCUACAACGACCGAAGGCAAUAAGGACAUACUCGGAGGAAUGCAGGGUUAUCAGCCAACUGCCAAUACUACCUUUGGCACACUCGGAUUGCUUCCUCAAACGAUUCCUCCCCUUGUAGCGACUCCUACAUUAUUUCGUUAUGAUAAUGGCGGCUUUCUUCCUCACGCAAUAUCUCGGAUGGUUCCGAACCAACCGUUCUUCUGCGAGCAACCUACGUUUACGGGUGGUUGCUUCACUGCAGCAGAUAUCCUGAACACCGCAUCAACUCCGAUAUUCCUGCGGCAAUUCCAGCCCGCAUUCCAGACUAGAAGAAGAGCGCAGGUGUUCUCAUAUUACUAA